AUGGCCGGGCAUGGAACACAGUCGGUUGUUGCUUCAAACAAAAUGAAAACUACUCUCAGUCUUCUGUCUCUGUUAGCGGGGUUGGUCAUAGCUGAUAGGCCUAACAGCUACUCGGCCACUGGAGGAUCAUCUGGUGGAAGUUUUGCAAGUAAUGGAGCUGGUGGCGGUUUCUCAAGUGGGGUCUCCUCGUUUGGUACCCACUUUAGUAGUUCAUCAGGAAGUUUCCCCAGUGGAAUUUCAAAUGAAUUUGCAAGUGCCAAUUCGGCUGGAUAUUCCACUGGAGGUUUAAACAAUGGACAAAGGUCAGGACUGAGUGGAGGAUCAUCUCAGCCAUGGCCUUUUCCGGGUGUCUUACAAGAGGCUCUUGGAGGAAAAAUAAACUCAAACCUCAUUGAUGAAAGCUCACAAAGGCAUUCAAAUACUGGAUCAUCUGGAUCAUUUGCAGGUGGAGCUUUCGGAGGAUCAGAAGCAGGUUUUAGCUCCGGUGAUUCCUUCGGAGGCCAGGUAGGAGGAUCUGCUGGAGGAAGAUUUGGGGGCCAUAUUGUAGGAUCUACAAGAAAUGGGUUUAGAGGCCACAAUGAAGAAGCAUUUGGAAGUGGAUCUGGAGUCAAUGCCAGAGAAUCUACAGGAAGUGGUUAUGGGGGCCAUGCUGAAGGUUCUGCUGGAAACAGAUUUGGAACCCCAGACAGGGGAUCUGCUGGAAGCAGACUUGCAUAUGAAGCUGGAGGAUCUGCUGAAGGAAGAUUUGGAGGCCAUGCUGGAGAAUCUACAAGAAAUGCUUUUGGCGGCAACAUUGGAGGGCCCUUUGGAGGUCGAUUUGAAGGUCAAGCUGGAGGAUCAACUGGAAGCAGAUUUGAAGGUCAAGCUGGAAUAUCUGCUGGAGGGAGAUUUGAAAGCCAUACUGGAGGUUCUUUAGGCAAUACAUUUACUGGUCACACUGACAGACCUUUUGGAAAUGGAUUAGAAAGCCAAGCUGGAGGAUACACCAGAAACAGAUUUGGAAGUCAACCUAGAGUAUCUGCUGAAAGGAGACUGGAAAGUCAUGUUGGAGGAUCUUUAGGAAGUAUAUUUAGAGGUGACACUGACCUAGUCUUUAGAGGUGGAUUCGGCAGAUCUGGUAGUAGUAAUAUUGGAAGGCAAGUUGGACAAUCUUCCGAAAGUAGAUUUGGAAGUUAUGCUGGUGUAUCCAGUGGAAAUGGGUUUGCUGGUCAUGUUGGAGGUUCUGCUGAAAAUGGAUCUGGAGGUUAUAGGGGUGAAGCUUUUGGAAGUGGAUUUGGAAGCCAUAGUGGUGGCUCUUCUGACAGUGGAUUUCCUAGUGACUUUGAUGGCUCAGCAAGAAUCAGCAGUGGAGUUACUGGCAGCUCCUUUGGAGAUGGACCAUAUGGUGGCGCCUUUGCAGGGUCAAACAGAUAUAAUAACCCUUCUCAUUAA